AUGCCUCCAAGUUAUUUUAUUAUUGAAAAGAUGGACAAAGUCGUGGAAAAUUUAGAUAAAGUAUCUAAAAUUGAAGAAAAAUCAUUAAAAAUUAGGGGAGAAACAUCCAACGAAAAUGAAAAUAAAAUGGAGGUUAUUGAUGAAGAAGAAGAUGAAAAUGAAACAAAGGGUGAGGAAGAAGAUAAAUUAAAAAAGAAAAAAGAAAAAAUUGAGAAAGAAAAAGAACAUUUAAUUAAAUUAUCUGAAGUUGUAAGAAGUAAAUAUAUACUUCCUAAAAUGGCUGAAAUUAAUGUAUUAACUAGUCUGAUUUAUCAAUUUUUGUUUAGUAAUAAUCCUAACGAGGGAUUAUCAUCAAGUAAACUUGGAAAUAUUUUUAAAGAAAUUAAUGAAGCUUCAGAAAAAAAUAUGGAAUUUGAAGUAAUUUUUUAUUUAAAUUUUAAAUAA